AUUACCGUUUAGUCUCAUAAUGGAGAGUUGUAAGCGAGAACUAAACAAAACAAGCUGAGAUUCGAAAUCAGAAAACUGAAAUGAUAGAUUCAAUUUAAAAUCUAAUUUAAAAAUCAAAGCUAGAUCUAGAUCAAAAUCUAAUCUAGAUCUGAUUUUUCUUCAAUGGCCUCUAAGCCAUCUUCGAGGAGUGAAGAAAUCCAAACUCUUUCAGAGCUUCUCUCUCGGCUUUGUGUAAAGUUAACUGGAUUAAGUGGAGAUGCUGUUAUACCUCAUUUUCAACUUGCACUAAAUUUGCUGCGCAGCAAACAGUCUAUCGAGGAUGAAGACGAGUUUCGGAUUGUAGAGCGUCUUAAGAAGCAAUUGGUACGCCAUGGCAGAGAGAAAGAUGCCGCACACUUUGUCGACCUACACAGAAAACUUCAGUCUCAGAUGCUUCUUAGAAACAGAUCAGCAGUUCUCAAAUUGUUUCAGAAGUUGGCUUCAUUGGAAGAUAAGACCCAACAGAAUAAAGUUACAAGCGAUGCAUUUUUUUCACAAGGGUUACCAUCACAUUUGGUAUCAACACCCAACAGUGGGAUCCAUGUCAGAGGUCGUCUAAAUGUCCUGACAGGGGAUCAAGGGAGGGACAACACCAUGUCUCUUACCGGAGGAAGUAGCGGCAUCAGCAGUAUACGGGGAAAGGAUUUAAGCAGUCAGGAUCCUACACCAGUGGCUCAAUCGUUCAUGCCGAGUCAUUUAGUCACGCCAGCUUUAGGGCUUAACCAGCAGACUGCUUCUCAUGCUGCAAGGUCAAGGACAAUUGCCAUAUUUGGAAGAAAACCUGAAGAUAAAGAAAAUGUGUAUAACUUUAAGACUGUGUCUAGUAGUUUAGCAGUUGCAGCAGAUAUUUCAUCUAAUGAGAUCACACAACAAAGCCUGUUGAAAGAUUUGGUUUACGUGUUGCAAGGUGUUUCUGGACGCUGGAUCAAAUUUGAUGUGGUGAGAAAUAGGAUGGACCUGGAUGCCAGCAUUCCCAAGUGUUACAAACAGGAGAUUGGGAAGCUCUCUGAGUCUGGGUGGUUGUAUAUCAAAAUCAAAUCGUACAUUGACCAGCACAGUACAGACAAGGCUUUUGGACUGGUUGGACAAAGCUUCUGUGCUGCUUUGCAUCAAGAACUAACAGAAUAUCUGCGUCUCAUCUCUGUCUUAGAGGCUCAGCUAGAACAGGAAGUAGACCCAGGACUGCAAGACUCAUGUUCUCACAUUACCUUAGCCCAGCUGUUGGUCUGGACGUAUGAACCUUUGCAGCGUUUGAAAUGGUUGGGAGAACUGGUGGACACAUGUAAAGGUAAAAAAGGAGGAGCCUUGACCUCGACAAUCUUCUCAUACACCCACCAUGGUGACACCUCUGUCAAGAGUUUGAUUACACACCUGCUUACGUUUGUCAGUCAGCCGAUCUAUGCCACCUUGCUGAGGUGGAUGUAUGACGGAGAGCUGGACGACGCUUAUCAUGAGUUUUUUGUGGCCUCUGACCCCCAAGUGAAGAACGACCAACUCUGGCAUGACAAGUACAGCCUCAGGAAGACUAUGAUUCCGUCAUUUAUUACAAUGGACCAGGCCAGCAGGAUUCUUCUGACUGGCAAGUCCAUCAACUUUCUCCGGCAAGUCUGUGAGGACAGGACGCCGACCAAAGGGCGAGAGGUGGCAAUGAAUUUGGAUCUUACUCAAGCAUCAAGUAUGUUUUCUCAAGACCAGAACUCGGACUUUCAAAAAAUGUUAGACUCAGUCUACGAAUUGACCUCACAACAUUUGUUGGAUGUGCUGCAGACAAAAUACAAGUUCUUGGAACAUCUCAAGGCCAUGAGAAGAUAUUUGUUGCUAGGGCAGGGAGAUUUCAUUCGUCACCUCAUGGAUUUGCUCGAAGAAGACCUGGCCAAACCAGCUGGCAAUCUGUAUCUUCACAAUCUCUCUGGCAUUUUGGAGAUCGCCAUUCGGGCCACCAAUGCUCAGUUUGACAGCAGCGACAUCCUGCGCAGGUUGGAUGUCCGGCUCUUGGAUGUAUCUCCAGGAGACACAGGUUGGGAUGUCUUUAGCCUGGAGUACAGAGUGGACGGUCCAAUCAGAACUGUGUUCACACCAGAAUGUAAGGUCAUGUACCUGCGUGUGUUCAACUUCAUGUGGAGAGCCAAGCGUAUGGAGUAUGUCCUGGCCCAGAUCUGGAAGAAUCAGAUGUGCAGUGCACGCCAGCUCAAGACCAUCCCGGAGCUGUCCCCUAUUCUGCACACUUGUCACAUGAUCACAAGUACCAUGGUGCACUUCAUCAAGCAGGUCCAGUACUACAUCAACUUUGAGGUCCUGGAGUGUGCCUGGGAUGAACUACUGACUAAAGUGUAUGAAGCCAAAGAUCUGGACUACAUCAUAGCAGCCCAUCAAGUGUUUCUGGACACAGUUCUCAGCCGAUGUUUGCUGAAUGAGAAAUCCAGGGAGAUUCUCCAGUUGUUGAGGACUUUGUUUGACCUGAUCAUUGAAUUUGAAACUGCCCAGGGAGUUUUCUUUGAGGCAGCAACAUCAGAAGUUUUCACCAGGGAAGCAUUUGAUAAAUCUAAAAAGGAAAGGACCCGCAAGGGGGAGUGGGAAACAAAUGAUGAAAUAGAGAGAGCAGAGAAAUCUAGGAGGAACAGCUUCUUGACAGCCAUCAUACCAUCCACUCGAGCCAAGCUGCAAGUAGUGUCUUCAGCCUAUCAGGACACUGUCAACAGAUUUUUGAAGAUGGUGGCCUCACACCCUGACGCCAGUUUGCGUUUCUUGUGCUUCAGGUUAGACUUCAAUGAACAUUACAAAGUUAGAGAGCCCAGGGGAAGGCUGUCUUUCAUGCGAGCCAACUGACUGUCAUGACUUGUUUUUAUUCUGUAUAAAUGUGUGUAGGCUCUUACAUAUAUACAUAUACCCUUGUACCAUGCACCAAUGUAAUCUGUAACUCUUGGAAUAAAUUGUUACAAAAACUAAAAAAGUAUCUGGCUCUUAUUUUGUUUUGUAUGAAUAUGUACAGUCAAUGACGGUCAGAGGCAGCUAAUUUUACUAAACAAAAAAAAUUGGUUUUGAUGUUUAGAUAAUUGGCUUCACUUCUGAAGCAUAUAAUUUUUUUUUCAACAUUUUACCUUCUUGUAAUUAACACUUAAGGGCAUUAUCAAAAUCAAAAUGCACUCAGGUUUUCUUUUUAGCUACAGUGAAAUGUUUUUUAAAUUGCUAAACUACAAAGAUCAGAUUUAAACAGUUUUUUAAUAUAGCUAGAACUCGUAGAUAUCUAAGCAGAUCAUGUAGAAAGGAUUAAUUGCUAUUGUUCCAAGACUAACCUAAUAUCUACAGCACAGCAUAAUUCUGUUUUUGAACAUUGAUGAUUUGAUUUUAAUAUCAAAGAAAUGGUUAACAAAAAAAUAGUUGCUUUUUAACUUGUAUCAGUAUGAAAUCUGUGUCAAAAAAUUAUUUUUGCAUCAUUAAUGCCUCGAGUAUAUAUAAUAUUAAUGCCUAGAGUAGAAAUUUGCUAUGUUUAAUCAGUAGAAAUGUAUAUAUCUUGUACUAGGGACAAACAUUUUCAAGAAACUCAAGAAAGACUCAAACUUUCCCAUAGAAUAUUUUUAUUUGUCAGCAAUUCCUUUCAAUUCUACCUAAAUAUGUGAACAUUAUGUUAUAGACACUUUGGUUACUUCAAGUAAAAUACAGUAAUACUGAACUUAAUGAGCAUCACACACACACACACACAGCACUAACUGAAAGAUACAGCAGUCAGUUGUCCUACAACUUGGUACACAUGUUCAGGUCAUGGCCCUACGGUUACUGAACCACAAGAAUUCAAGUGUUUAGUUGUUUUAAAAUACUGGCACUUUAUUGGAGUUAAAGGUCUCUAUAUAAGUUUAAUAAUAUAUUUCAGGACAGAACAUUAAAUUCUAGAUUUAGUUUGAGGGUUAAAAGAAGCUGAUUCAACCAUACUUUACAUUACUUAUAGAAAUUUUUUUUUAAAAGGAAUCAUUUAGUGUGAAGACUGCAAUAAUCCAGAGUUAUGUGCUUCAGAGUAUUUCCUUGGAAGAACUUGACAACUUACAUUCCAACCAAAAGAGGAGAAAAAAAUGCAAAGGAGAAACAAAAUGGGGGUUCACCUUAUCACAUGAUCAAUGUAUGGGACUCUCUAGAUAAGCAUGCUUUCUUUAGCAGUAGCAUUUAGGACUGAAAAAUUCAUGAGAGGAUUUGUACAGCUUUAUGAUAAUGAAACUACCAUUCAUAGACUCUUAACAGUACACCUAUAAAUAUACACACUGACUAGCUUCAGACAAACUCAAGAACCGACCACAUACACACAACUCCAAGAGUUUUUACAGAUUUGUAGUCAACAACAACAAAAAUAGAAUUAGCUGAGCAAAGAAAAAAUAUUAAUGUGUAUAGAUAACAUCUGAUUAAAUAAAUAUGUCAAGUUACAGUUUAUAUAAAUAAUUUUAUUGGUAACUACAGUAUAUAAUUUAUAUAUAAUAAAAAAAAAAAUAACUUGAAUAGCUUGAAUCUAAGCAAUAUAAUAUCUGAUAAAGGAAAUAUAAAAAAAGUUGCAUCGGAACAAGACCAGAAAUACAGAGCAUAUCUGCAAAUAGUUUCUGCCCCAUUCCAUGACACUGUGCCAUGUCUAUACAAACAAGUCAACGUAAUAAUUUAAUUAGCUAGAGUAGAAGAAAGGAGGCGACUGCACAAAUGCCAUUAAAUGUAUUCCUGCACGAGUUGAAUUAACUAUUGGCUUUACAAGAGAUUGCAAAUUACAGAGUAAAUGUAACAAAGAAACAAAACAAAAAAA